AUGCUACAUUUCGUCGACCAGAGUCACACCAGGAAUGCCUCGGCCAAAAGGCAGCAGCGGCGAGCGGCUCGAUCACAUUCCGCGCGCGCCGUUCACAGGGAGACCCGACGGCGCGAGACCAUACAGCACCAGUCGAAGCACUUGACCUCAAAGUCCAGUGUCGUGAGAGCCCACGGUAUCCAGUGCGAACCUAUGACAAGUCUUCGCUUCAUCGGCGCACUACCAGCUGGUCGAAAAGACCCGUUUAUGAGCUUUGUCCGGCCCUUCAAGCCCAUCGAGCAUUUUCUCCUGGAUCAUUAUGUCGCAGUCGUUGUGCCCUUGAUGCGCUGUAAGGAAGAUAUCAACCUUUACCGGGAUUCCAUGACGAAGACAUGGGUGCCAUUCGCACUGAGAGAAGUAGGUCUUCUCGACGCCUUAUUUCUUCUGGCUUGUCGGCAUAUGGAUCACAGUCAUCAAAAUUCGCAGCAACAGCAAUAUUUUGUUCAGCUUGCUUGUCAAUACAAGCUCUCGUGCACAAAGUCGCUGAGAGAAGCCAUCUCAAGCGAAGUUGUCUUCAGUGACGCCACAGUCGGAAAGACCCUGAUGCUAGCGUAUGACGAGGUAAGAGACACAGAGCUUGCACAUCCUCCUGCAUCAGGCCAGGUAGCUCACAAACAGUGA